AGCCAAGGUAAACGCCAAUCAGCUGUUUCCACCACAACCACAGACCCAUGGCGUGACGCGGACAAGUAAACCCGGCACAGGAGCGCCUCGUUUGAAAAAAAACUUAAGAUGAGAGACAACCCAAUUAUUUGCUGGUGUAUAUCUCUGCAACUAGUUAUUUUAGUUGCUUUGCUGGCCAGUGUGGAAGGUGAUAUAGAGUCGAACCUGCUGGAUGACGACGGAGGCUGGACAACAGAAAACAAAGAUAGGAUUGCUCAGCCUGGCCCAUGCAACAUCAAUGUGGAGGAUGGAUCCCUGACUCAGGAAGACUUUAUAAAGAAAUAUGCAUACUCUGAGCCAGUAGUUAUCAAGGAAGCAACAGAUAAUCGGGUGUUUCAGACUCUCACUCGCCGUUCAGCAUUAUUGGAGGGCUACGGGCAUACAACUGUACGUUUGAGCUCAGCCAAUAGCUAUAGCUAUGACAAAAAAGACGUUACAUUCAAUGAGUACUGCAUUCGCCAUGUCCAUCCUCAAAAAUUAACAACACUUGGGAAUGAGACCUUUUACUUCUUUGGAGACAACAAUCAUGAGGAAUGGCAAGACCUUUUAGAGCAGUAUAAACAACCUCCUUAUAGAUUACCCCAUCAUUUGCCAGCAUUGAGUUUUGGUCUUGCAGGUCCAGGUACUGGUGUUCCCUUUCAUUUCCAUGGGCCAGGAUUUGCAGAGACCAUGUGGGGACGAAAACGAUGGUUCAUGUACCCUCCCAAUGUGAACCCAAACUUCCAUCCUAAUCGCACAACAUUGCAGUGGUUGAUGGAAGACUAUCCCCUAAGAAAAGAUGAUCCAAAUUUGUAUGAAUGUACACUUAACCCUGGAGAGAUUAUUUAUUUUCCUGACAAAUGGUGGCAUGCAACUCUCAACAUUGACAGCAGUGUUUUUAUAUCAACUUUCCUCAGUCCAUAAUCUUUGUAUUGAAAAGAAAAGAGAUAUGGUGAUGGUUUAAUAUGCCUGUGCAUAGUCUGUAAAUUAGUUUAUAUCCCAUAGCAUUAGAAAUGCAGACCCUCGUAAGAUAAUUUAGUGUCCACUUUUAUAAAUUAAAGACAGCACAUUCCAUAGAAAGCUCAGUCAAACUUGGCUACUUGAUGUGUUCCUUUUGCCAUUUCUUUAUUUAUUAAAAGAAGUCUAGACUUGGUUUCAUAUUCAAAAUGGCAUAAAAUUUCUUAUAAUUUCUUAAUAGCUCAUAUGGGAAGAAAAUUAAAUUUUUGUAUUUAUCAUCUGGCAUACUAUGACUUUUGGACAUAUUUUUUCUGACAGUGGUGAUAAUACAUGACUGUAAAUCAUGUAGAAUCUUUUCUUGAAAGUGCAUAUAUUGAAACUAGAUGGAUAUGUUCUUUCUAUAUUUAAUGUAUGAUAUUGCUGCGUUAAUUAUUCUAACUUCAUACAUUUUUAAGAUGACAAACAGUUUAUAACUGUGGUAGAGCUGGCUCUGGAAAACAUAACAUUGUGUGCUUUCAGGAAUAACAGAAAAAAAAUCAGGAGACAGAUACGGAAACCUUUGUUUAUAUAUACAUAUAUUGUGUAUUUGUGUAUGUCCCUGAUAAAUUGUCAUGUAGUCAAUCUGCAGUUUUUAAGAUAAAAUCUAAUACUAAACUGAAGGUCACAUACUUUUUAUAACUAAAUUAUAAAUUUGCGUAAAGAGACUGGUGAAAAAGUUGUCUGCAUAUACUCUGGCUGUGAGAUUAAACUAUAUAACAAGAUUAAAAUACUAUGUUUUUUUCUGAAUAUUUGCUGGUUUUGUGGUGAUGGUGAACCUUUAUACAGUUUAAUUAUUGGAUUGACCUUGGCUAAAUAUUUUAGUCACUUGAUUUUUUUUUAUAAAGACAAGUAGUUUUUUUUUUUUUGCCAGGGACAAACCUAAUGGGACCAAUAUUGCCAUUUAAAUUCAAAUUUUCCUUGUUCUGUUUGUUAUAGUUCACCUAAUAGGAACUGUAAUUUCUAAGAAAAGUUUGAUUCAAAUAGGUUGUAAUGAAGUGUUCCAGGUGUCUAGUCAGAUCAAUAUUCCAUGUUCUUGGUAACAAUUACUGUAUGGUUAUUGGUUCCUAAAUAAAUAUUUUGAGCAUU